CUCACAUUACACAACUCAUUUGGCUUGCUUUGCCUUUAUUCCGUUCAGACAUUCCGCAUUUAAUAAUCGGACAACCCUGAAACAACUUAACAACCGACGGUGUAUGGUGAUCCUUUGGCUUUUGAUGCUCCGGCGAGAACUCGCGCCUGCUGAUCCGGUUUCUGUUUGAUCCCCUCCAUCCUCCUAUAGGAAUAAUUAGGGCUACGUUUCGAGCAUCUUCUCCUGAGUUCUGAUCGGUGCGUUGGGGCGUCAAUGGCAUCUUCGACUGAGGGUUUGGUACCGAUCACGAGGGCUUCUCUCGCUCGAUACUACGACAAGUACCCUGCCCCUGCUAUCUCUGAAGACCUUACCCGCUUGACUGCUGAGCUCCGGAGUCUCUCCGACAACCUUUUGGAAGAAUUACCCCUGACCCCUGGUGAGCAACUGGUUGCAGAGGAAACUGAUCGUAAUCCUCCUCAUAAAGUUGAUGAGAACUUAUGGAAAAAUAGAGAGCACAUCGAGGAAAUCCUAUAUUUGCUAGAUAAAUCUCACCUUUCAAAAUUGAAGAAAGCAACGCAAGAAGAUGCUGAUAUUGAUAAAUUUGUUGAAGAUCUGCAAGAACCACUGCAGAGGGCUCUGAAGGCACUGGAGGCAUUCCAAUCAAAAAAUUCUGAUUUUGUCUUUAACACUGUUAUGACCUACAUGCCACAAGAUUUUCGAGGAACACUCAUAAGGCAGCAACGGGAGCGCUCUGAGAGGAAUAGACAAGCGCUGGUUGAUACUUUGGUUAAUUCUGGUGGAAGCAUACAUGAUCGUUAUGCUUUACUGUGGAGUCAGCAGAUGGAAAGACGGAGACAGCUAGCUCAACUUGGUUCUGCUCAAGGUGUCUACAAGACAGUUGUUAAAUAUUUGGUUGGUGUACCACAGGUUUUGUUAGAUUUUAUAAAGCAAAUUAAUGAUGAUCAAGGACCAAUGGAAGAACAACGACAACGCUAUGGACCUUCUUUAUAUAGCCUUACAAAGAUGGUGCUUUCAAUUCGAUUUUUCCUGCUACUUUCCUGGGGACGUGCCGAGAAAAGAAAAAUACAAAAGGAUCAACUAUCAGUUAUCCAGCAGGCUGUUCAAAUUUACACAUCUGAGUUGGAGAAAUUCAUUGACUUUAUUCGUGUAGUCUUUGUGAAUUCUCCCUUCUUUAUAUCAGCCGAGGAUGCUGGUGCCAUAGAAUCGAGGAAGAGUGAUGACUACAAAGAAACAGUUGUUCCUCCUGGGAAGACACAUGAGGUGAUUUUGACAGUAGAUACUGUGAAUUCAUACAUUGCUUGGGAUUUUUCUUUGACCCAAGGGACGCUAAGUCUGGGACAGGAUAUUGGUUUUCAUGUGGAGUAUGUUAAUCCGUCUGGGAAUGUUACACUGAUAUUACCUUACCGGCGCUAUGAUUCUGACCAAGGAAACUUUUGCACAAUCUUGACUGGAUCAUACAAACUUGUCUGGGACAAUUCUUAUUCAACAUUUCUGAAAAAGUACUUGAAGUACAAAGUGGAUGCUGUGCCCCCGGUUGAUCCACCACCGGAGCCUGUUACUGAAUCAAUAUGAAGAUAUUCUUCUACAACAGUGUAGAUUUGAAAGUUGUUUCAUAUAAUUAUUGAUGGCUUAUUGUACACUAAUUCAUUCAUAUGUUUGUCACUCUCGAUCGGGCUCAUGUGUGCACCGGUCCUGUAGCUGCUCUGGUAAUGUUAUAAUCUAUACUGAUUUACUUACCUUCGCGCAGUCAUGUAUAUGAAAGAAAUAAUGAUUUAUUGUUGGGGGAAGGGGGGACUAAUGUUCUUCCUUACCUUGGAUUUUGUUUUGUUUCAUGGAAUCCCGCAUUUUUAGUUA